AUGGCUCCUGUCGCCAAAGCCCGUAAAACGGGUGCAAACGUAGUCAGAACCUCGUCGCGGGAACUUGAUUCAUAUAGAACUGGAACUACUAGCCCAUAUGCUACACAUAGCCCGGACGAUUCCAUAGCUAGAUCCGACGUAGACUUAUAUGUCGACGACAGAAAUGUGCGCUCUCAAGUGUCCUUGAAAAGAAAGCGUUGCCCCUCUCUUCCAUAUACUCCGCUGCUUUCGCCCAGAACGGACAACGACUCUGCUUCGGACUGUGGCUAUCUUCGAUUGAGCCCGAGACAUCAAGAUCUGCCACCCAUGUCUCUGACCAUCGAAGUCCCAACAGGCCACAAGGGACCUUUGGUGGUUAAUCUCGACACAAAUUCAUUACUCGCCCAAGCCCGAUCACAGAUACACCCAUUUCUCACAUGCCCGUCUCCGCACUCCCAGUCGUGUGCAGACUCAGGCUACUCUAGUACUUCAAGUGUUACUUCCGAGAUCAGUAAACCCACCACCACCUCCAAGCGUAGCUUUCUAGAUCUUCCAGCCGAGAUUCGCAAUCAAAUCUACCGACUGGCUUUCGUUUCGGAGGAGAAGCUGGACUUCGCAUACCCCAACAACUUCAGCCGGUCAUCAUCCCUUCUUCAAACAUGUCGCCAGGUUCACGAGGAAGGACGCACUAUUCUAUACACCGAGAACACGUUCUACUUUCAGCGUCGCAAGAAGGAGCGUGCUGUUCGGUGGACCACAGAUGUUUACGAGAUAGGCUACAAGGACAUCCGAUUCUUCCUUAAAAGCAUCGGUUUGGCCAAUGUUAGCCUAUUACGCCGUCUUAUCGUCAUGUUCGAGGAUGCGAUACCAUCUAUGAAUUCCCAUCUGAAAGAUGCCGACGAGCGCAGAUUCACCAAGGACGAAGAUCUGAUUGACAUAUUACAAAUGUUGGGUGACCAUACCAUGCUCAAGACUCUGGAUCUUUGCUUUCAAGGGAGGAGGAACUUCUACAACCGCGACGAAACUCGCUUCAUCGAACAUCUCACUCGGAUCAAAGCGGACCAGGUCAAGUGCAUAAACAAUCCUGAUACGCCCUUUUCCAACUGGAAAGGACUCUCAAAAAUCGGCUCGGCAGAUGCAGGCCGUCUGAGUCACGAAAUGACACGGCGAGUCACGAUAUUUCGCUGA